AUCCUACUUUCCCCCCAUCUACCCAUCUACACCAAACUGCCAUUUAGCUUCCCGUCAAUCCCACACACCAAGAAAACUUACAUAAACCGUCACAAUGGUCAAAGCCGUCGCCGUCGUCCGUGGAGACUCCAACGUCAAGGGCACCAUCACCUUUGAGCAGGACAGCGAGUCCGCCCCUACGAGCAUCUCAUGGAACCUCUCUGGCAACGAUGCUAAUGCAGAACGUGGUUUCCACAUUCACGCUUUUGGAGACAACACCAACGGGUGCACCAGUGCUGGACCCCAUUUCAACCCCCACAACAAGACCCAUGGUGCUCCCGAAGACGAGGAGCGCCACGUUGGUGACUUGGGUAACUUCAAGACCGACGGCCAGGGCAAUGCUCAGGGAAGCACCACGGACAAGCUGAUCAAGCUGAUUGGCUCUGAGAGCGUCAUUGGCCGCACCAUCGUUAUCCACUCCGGCACUGACGACCUCGGCAAGGGCGGACACGAGGAGUCCAAGAAGACUGGCAAUGCUGGUACUCGCCCGGCUUGCGGUGUCAUUGGCAUCUCUGCUUAGAAUGCUUUAAAAUACAAGAUAUGGUUAAGCUCAGCUAGUUGCAGAACGGAACGGGCUUGAGCUAUGACAUGACAAUGUGCUACGGCAGCCUGGGCACAGAAUGAUUUGAGGAAACAAGUAUAUACUUAGUAGGGUUGUUACUUACUCGAAAAAUAAAUGCUACUACCUCAACAUCACCCUGAACAACAUGUUCUCGCUAUCUUCUAUGCAUCGCGUAAUUGAGCUUCACAUACAUAAUAUACAGAAGAAAAGGAUAUUGAAGUC